AUGGUGUUUCCGGAGCUGCGUUCUACGGAAAAUUACGCCAUGAAGAAUCCAGCCAUAACUUCAGAUCUCAGCCAGUUGUCGCUGUGUUUCUUCAUCAAACUUGUUCAAGACCAAGGGGAUCAGAUAGUCCUCAGCUAUGCCUUCAAACAUGGCAAUGACAUUAUUGUCGAAAUUUAUCCAACACGAACAGAUUUUAUUGUUGACAACAAGUUGUUCCGGUAAUGCUGCAAAUAUCUUUUAACAUUCGGUUGGGAAAUUUCUUAUUCGAGCCACAAUAAGUUAUUAUACAGGAAAUGCUAAGAUCGGCUUAAGCUUUUUCCUAACGCUUGGAGGGAGGGAGAAAGAUGAACAUACAAACAAACGAAAAGCCUUGGCUUCUUUCUCUUUUCUUAUCAUCAUUUAAAUACCAAAUAUGUUAAUCUUUGACCAAAACAAAUCUAGACGUAUUUUUCUUGCACUUUGCAAAUAACUAUCCGGGUCCUUUUUUUAAAAUGUGAUUUAAAUCACGAUGCACAAUCAGAAUAAGAGAUUGAUUGAAUGAAUGACAACACUGAACGAAUCGAAGCUUGAAUGUAUGAAAGAUUAAGUGAUAAACGACUGAUUGAUUGAUUGACAGUUUACUGACUGUUUUACUGAUUGACUGGCUAACUGACAGACUGACUGACUGACUGGCAGGCCACUUACAUAUUACUAUAAACUGACUGACUACUGACUGACUUAGCGGCAAUGAAAAAAGAGGGUAUUUAAUGGUCAAAUAUAUUUAAUAUUGUUUGCUUUUUGUUUUGUUUUUGUUUUUGUUUUUGUUUUUAUUUUUUUGUUUUAUCAGUUUUAAUUCGACAAAUCUCUAUGAUGAUACUUGGCAACACGUGUGUCUCACCUGGGAAAAUACUCAAGGAGCAACGAAACUCUAUAAAGAUGGUCAAUUUACAGAACAGGUAACCAAUCAUGCCACUAAAAAUUACGCACUUAAGGCUGGCGGCUUCCUGGUGCUUGGACAAGAGCAAGACUCUAUUGGCGGAGGCUUUGAUCGUGAGCAAACUUUUUAUGGCCGAUUGGCAAGUGUCAACAUGUGGGAUAAAGUUCUGUCCGAAAGCGACAUUGCCGCUCAGUACACAAAUUGCAGCGUGCCUCAUGGCUCUGUUUUUAACUGGUCUGUAUUCAAAAGUCUUACUCAUGGCAAUGUCACAGUUGAAGAGCCGUGA